CCAUUCGUGUAUGAAGUUUUGGGUAUUUGGUGCAAUAUUCACGGAUUUUGGUGUAUUUAUGAUCAGAGUACUAAUAUAUGAUAAAAUUGUUUUAAGUCGUUCGAAUUGAAAAAUUUUAGUUACAAAAUAUUUUACAAAUCUAGUAAAAAAUAUCAUGAAAUAAAAAAAAUGUGUGAGUAAAAAAGUGAGAUGUGAAAAAGUGUUUUCAUUAAGAUAGUUAAUGUCCUGGUAAAUGCGUAGAUAAUUCCGGAGAGUGUUAAAUAUUACAAAAACUCAUAUUUGAGUCGCAAUUGGAAAUUAAUAUUAAAUUAUUGCAACUUCGGCAAUUUUUAUAAUACAAAAGGGCUCAAACAAACAACAAUAGGUUGUGUUGAAAAGGCGGCAAGCGGCUAAAACUGCAAACAACAGUUCCAGUGUUGCUUCGAACACAUUUUGGCCAAGUCUUAAGGCAGCGAGUAGCACGCUAAACACAACGCACAGCAAUGGGUCAGCUUGUGGCAAAACUAGCCGUACCGUUACAGCAUUGCAGCGACAAUGUGGUAAAUAUAUUAGCCGGACGUCGCAAGAGAAAACGUUCGCUAGACUCGAGCAAUGCAUCAGAUGAGUCGCAGAGCAGUGAAACACAAUCGCCAAAGAAAAAAAGGCUACUCACCACCACCCAAUACAUAUACCAAGCGCUCUUUAAGGAGCAAAAGAACUCGGACAUUGCUGUGAUGGCGCUGGGCAAGGUGUGGAAUCUGCACAAAGUAUAUCUCUGCCAGAGCCCGUACUUUUACAGCAUGUUCAAUGGUUCAUGGAAGGAAUCCUGUCAAGAUUUUGUGCACAUAAAAAUUUUGGAUGAACGCAUCACGCUAGAAGCGCUGGACGCCGUUUUUGGUUCCAUGUACUCCGACGAGAUUGAAAUCGAUCCAAAGGCAGUGAUUUCAGUGUUGGCCACCGCGACGCUCUUCCACUUGGAGGGUAUUAUCGACAAAUGCGCUGAAGUCAUGAUUGAAACCAUUAACGCCGAGACUGCCAUUAGUUACUAUGAAGCCGCUUGCCUGUAUGGCAGCGUGAAUGUUAAGAAAGCUGCAAUGGUCUUUUUGGAAACAAAUUUGCUCUGCAUUUAUCACAAAGAUGAGCAACUACUGCGUCAAAUCAGCGUCGAACUAAUGACCAAGCUGGUAGCCAGCCCCGAUUUAUAUGUGAUGCAGACUGAAUUUUCCUUAUACACAUUGCUGCGCACUUGGAUGUACUUGCGUCUGCAUCCACUGUACGAUGCUGAAAAUAUAGCGCCUGCAGUUGGCGCGGCUGAUGGCAGUAGAAGUGCCGUUGGCAGCAACAAUAAUAGCAAUAAUGGCAAUAACGAGAGUCAGUGUCUGUCAGAUCUCGUGAAGGAUUACUUUGCGCAUCGCAGUGAAAGACGUUCAUUCCUGGCCACACCUGAAGGCCAACAAUUUGUGCCGUCAUUCCAAGCGCUGCGCACGCAGUACUUAACCAAUCAUCAUACAGAUUUGAAAAUCGUACUUAAUGAUAAUAUUAUUCCAAAGGAUUGGCUGCAUAGUCAUGUGCUCAGCCAUUGGCAUUCGAUUUUGAAGGUCGACCAUUUACCGGAGGAGGGUCCGCAAAACCUUGAUGCCGAUGUAUUUUAUAAGAAUUGCAUGCGCUGCGGCCGCAUUCUACUUGAGCCCGGCUAUCAGAAGUGGCGGUGGACGGGCUUCAACUUCGGCUUAGAUCUUGUGCUGGUCGCUGACUCACGCUUGCUGAGCAUACGACGCCACCACCGCAAUGAGCACGAGCGUUUGCUGAGCCUGCAAACUAAACGGCAGUUCAUGAUACGCACUUCGGUGACAUCGAUCAAUUCACAACGGCAACCAACAUUUACGCAAAAGACCGAAAUAAGCUCACUCAGUCUGGAGAAGAAUCAAGAGGUGACGAUAAUGCUCAUGGACACGUUGCUGGUGCAUCCCUUGCUCAUAUCGGUAAAUCUGUUGGUGGUGCCACCAACGUCGCAGCACUUCAAACAACAUGUGUACGGCAACGAAGACACUAUUAAUGCGGCGACAGUUCCUAUAUCAGAAAUCGGUGCCAAUUGCAAUUCGGCUGAUGAUGCGCAACGUUCGGGCACGCCAACAAACAGUAAUGUGACCGGUGAGCGUCUGCUGUUGGCAGCAGAUGACUCGGCGGUGUGUGUAGUGCCACCUUCACCACCAAAUGUACCGUCAAUACUGCUAACACCGCCCACACAUCGUGCUGCUUCUACAACGUCCACAGUGUCAACCGCUUCAUCCGCCGGUUCGGCGGUGUCGGUCUCCUCGUCGGCGUCGGAUUUCGUAUAAGUUGGUGUAGUUAAAAGCCAUAAGCAUUAUGGAGACGUUCCAUAUAUUUUGUGAUUACUUUACUAAUGAAAUCGUGUUCAGUUUUUCAUUCGUUGGAAUAUUAUUUUAUAAACUUAUACAACAUUACUUGUAAUUCUGCCAUAAAAGCGCACAAACAAAUAUGAAAAAUGCUUGUCUAAAAGUGAAUUCCGCUCGGACUUUGUAUUGGAAUUUAAGUGUUUAUACAUAUAUACAUAUAUCAUGUAAAAACAAAAUUUUAUUUUAAGUACAUACGUUGAUUUUAAAAAGCAUUCGAUCUUGGAAAAAUUUUAAUUUUUCUAGUAAGUUAGCUUUUUUUUUUAAGUUUUGUAUGAUAUUGCAUUAGAAGUUAUUAUAAAUUAAUAAUACUCACUUUUCGGCUUUUCACAAUUUACAAAUCACGUCUAUAAAAAAAAAAAUCGAAUUAGAAUGUAUUCACUUGCGCUGGCGAAGUAGUAUAAAAUAUUGCUGUUGUAAAUAUAUUUGUAUUGAAUUAAAAUUUAUAAAGAUGUAUAGCAACUUUUUUAUACUUAUAUAAUGACUUGUAAUUUACUAUGUACAUACAUUGUAUGUAUAAUCAUGAAUGGUGUCGCACAAGAAUAUAAUAUACAACUAACUGCGUUAACAAAUUAA